ACUGCUAAUGAUUCUAAUCUCGCUUGUGGUGGAAUAUUGUGGUUACGACGCCGGAUGCGUUUCUAGUUAAAUUGCACGCAACAAUCUGCUCUGCAGAUCAGAUCGCCUUUUAUUUCAAUAGUGGUCAGUCGCAUAAGACCUCUGUUUUCGUUGUUUCCUAUCUGUCGGUCAGUUUCUCGCCGAGUUUUUCCACGUGGACGACUGUGUUGCGAAAUAGCUGCACAGCCAACGUAAUCGUCGAUUGUAGCUCGCAAGGUAGCGAGAAAAGUGGUGCGUGAUAAUCAGCGACGACAUCGUCAGACGUUCGUUCAAAGUUUUCGGUGUUUUCAAUCGAAUUGUCUCGGUGGAAAGGAAAAAUGAGACCGGCCGGCUUGCAUUUUUUCAUCGGCAUUUCCUUCCUUCUUCUCGUGGCUCGAUCGUCAGCAACGUUGACAAAACUGACCACGUUGGACGAUGUGAUGCCCGAUAAGUGGAGGGUCGUGUCUUCUGGCCAACCUCCGCAAAUCGAGCUCCGCUUGUUCAAGAGUCACACACCAGAGGACAAGACUUGGUCGAGCAGCAUGGAAUAUACGAUCUCGCGGAGCACCGACGAGCCGGAAAACCAGGACGCGGAUGAGAAAGCGACAAGCGCUAAGCCGAAAACGCAGCUCGGGUCUAGGCACAUCAUUCGAGGCGCCAGGUUCAGGUGUCCCACCGGUCAGCGAAGGGAUCACUUGGGAAAGUGCAGAGACGUCUUCGUGAUACCGGUUAAAAACGAUGUAUAAGCGCAUUGGACAAGAAACAGCGCAGAAGACGUAGAGCCUUGUGAAAAUUCCAUCCUCCAGCGACGAGUUUCUUUCUUCUCCUUAAAGUUUUCUCUUA